UCUUUUGAUUGAUUGUGUGUGUGGAUUAAGAAUAUGGGGUGCAUCUGCUCAAAAGAAAAAGAUAGAAUUGAUGAUGAAGAAAAGAAAGAAAAAGGGAUCAACAAGAAUGGUGCAUUACAAAUCGAAAUUGUUCCACCAUCAGUCUCAACUACUAAUACCUUUCCUACUGCACAAUUAGGGGGUGUUCAUGGUUUAAUGGUGCCUCAUUUGGUUAAAUCAUAUGCACAAGUUGCUAUGCCAGCAAUAUUAGAAGAUAAAACCAAUGACUUGUUAUUAGAUACUGCAAAACAAAAGCAACAAAAAAGGCAGCACCAGAGAUGUAAAACAGUAGGAAGUGGUGAAAAUGGAGGAAUAGCUGCAAACAAAUCAGUCAUGAGAAGAUUACUUAGCCUCUCGCAUAUCUCAGGAGAAAACAUUGAUGCCGGAUGGCCAACGUGGUUAUCUUCAGUGGCCGGAGAAGCCAUCAAAGGGUGGCUUCCUCGACGAGCAGACUCCUUCGAAAAACUAGAGCAAAUUGGACAAGGGGCUUAUAGCAGUGUGCAUAAAGCACUUGAUCUUGAAAGUGGUAAAUUUGUGGCCCUGAAAAAGGUUCGGUUCUUGAGUAGCGAUCUGGCAAGCGUCCGAUUCAUGGCGAGGGAAAUCCAUAUAUUGCGCCAAUUAAACCAUCCCAAUGUGAUCAAGCUUGAGGGUCUUGUUGCAUCUAGAACUUCCUCCAGUUUGUACCUUGUUUUUGAAUACAUGGAGCAUGAUCUUGCUGGAUUAGCCGCCACCCCUGGAAUCAAGUUCACUGAACCACAGAUUAAAUGCUUUAUGCAGCAACUACUUAGGGGGCUUGAACACUGCCAUAGUCGAGGUGUGCUGCACCGCGACAUCAAGGGUUCCAAUCUUCUAAUUGACAACAAUGGAAACCUUAAGAUAGGAGAUUUUGGUCUUGCAACUGUUUAUGAUCCGGAGAAGAAUCAGCAAUUAACUAGCCGCGUCGUGACUCUGUGGUACAGGGCACCUGAGCUUUUGUUAGGUGCUACAGAAUAUGGAGCCGCAAUAGACAUGUGGAGUGCUGGUUGUAUUCUAGCUGAAUUGCUCCUAGGGAAGCCUAUUAUGCCUGGAAGAACAGAGGUGGAACAAAUGCACAAGAUUUUUAAGCUUUGUGGUUCCCCAUCUGAGGAAUAUUGGCAGAGAACAAAGUUUCCACAUGCAACUAGUUUUAAACCACAGCAGCAUUAUGAACGCCAAAUUGCCAAAACAUUUAGAAAGGUCUCUUCUUCAGCACUAGCCCUUGUUGAUAAGCUCCUAUCUAUGGAACCAGAAGAUCGAGGAUCUGCGACUUGCGCGCUUCAAAGCGAGUUCUUUACUACAGAACCCCUACCAUGUGAUCCAUCAAGUUUACCAAAGUUUCCGCCCACCAAGGAGUUCGACGCCAAGAAUCGAAACAAGGAAGUAGCAACGAAAAACACCGAAGCUGUACGAGAACGAAGAUUGGUGUCUGAAUUGUCGGAUGCAGGACAAGAUAAAAAACUACCUAGAACACCGGAGUAUAAUACCCGCGGAGAUCUAACAUUGAGGGGGAAACCAAAUGGUGAGGCUCACUAUAAAGUUGAUCCAAGUAGAUCAGUAUGCAAUCCAAGCUAUGUACAUAGUACAACAAUGAACAGUGCAGCAAUUACAAGACAAUCUAAAUUUAAGAGAUUGGACUCAUCUGUUGCCAAAACUCCCGAGUUGCGGACGCAGAAGUCUCAGAUAAGUCGAGCAACGGCAGAUUUCUCUAACUAUUCAAGUAAAUGGGAACAAGGAGCCAUGCCUGGUCAUCAAGAACCCAUGAUGGAGUAUGUGCAAAAGAAAAGUAGGAUCCACUGCUCAGGACCGUUGAUGCCACCGGGUGGGAACAUCGACGAUAUGCUGAGAGAACAUGAGAAACUAAUGCAAGAGGCUUUCCGCACUGUGAAGAUCAAUUCUAGAAACUAAGGACAUCCAUCACUCAUGAUGACUUGCAUGCAACUUGAAUGUUUUUUCUUCUCUUUUUUAGUUGGUAGUCUUUGUUAGUUUCAUUGGGACAAACAGCAUACAAUAUAAAUGAUUAU